AUGUCUUUACUGGAAAAAAGGAGCUCUAUUGUGACGUUUAUUUUGCUCGUGUUGCUGGUGUGUUACUGGGAAGCGGUGAGCGGACAGCUCUCCUACUCCGUCUCGGAGGAGGUAAAUCCCGGGACUGCUGUUGGAAAUAUCGCCAAGGAUCUGAAUUUAAAUGUGCAAGACUUGGAAACGCGAAGGUUUCAGAUUGUCACCGGAUCCAAGAGAAAAUGUUUCGAGGUAAACCUAAAGACUGGCGUUCUCUAUGUGAACGACAGAAUAGACAGAGAGGAGCUUUGUUUAAACGAUUUUAAAUGUGCUAUAAGUGUCGAGGCCGUAAUACACGAUCCUCUGAAACUAUACCGUGUAGACAUUUUUAUUAUAGAUGUAAAUGACAACGCUCCGUCUUUUAAUGAUAAAUCACAGUCUUUAGACGUGGCUGAAAGUACUUUACCUGGAGUAAAAUUUGCUUUGUCAGAGGCAUCUGAUAAAGAUGUCGGAAAGAACACAGUUAAUACAUAUAUGCUUAGUCCCAACGAAUAUUUCUCUCUCGCUGCACAAAAAGGGGGAGAUAGCAUCACUGCUGAAUUGGUGCUACAGAAAGGGUUAGACCGAGAAAAACAGCAUGUGAUUCAUAUAAUUCUAACUGCCAUAGAUGGUGGAAAUCCGCCGAAGUCUGGGACUUCCAUGAUUCGUAUAAAUGUUUUGGAUAUAAACGAUAACACUCCAGUAUUUAGUAGUCCUUUAUACAAGACAAGGCUUUUUGAAAAUAUGCCUAUAGGGACAACAGUGAUAACUCUUAAUGCAACUGAUGUUGAUGAUGGACUGAACAGUGAAAUUAUGUAUUCUCUUCGUAGUAAAGAUCAGGACCAUAUAUUAGAAACAUUUAAAAUUGAUCCAAAUACUGGCAUAAUUACAGUGAAAGGGAUCAUUGACUUUGAGGAACACAAAGCGUUUGAGAUCCGAGUGCAGGCCAGCGACAAAGGUCAGCCUCCGAUGGCAGCCCAUUGUAAAGUCCUGGUAGAAGUAGUGGAUCUCAACGACAAUGCCCCAGAGAUCACUGUGACGUCACUAUUAGACAGCGUGAAGGAGGAUUCCAAGUUGGGCACGGCCAUAGCGCUCGUGUCUGUCCUCGAUAAAGACGGAGGGAAAAAUGGUAUAGUGAAGUGUGAUGUAGCUAGUGUUAUUCCAUUUAAAUUGGAAACAAACUAUAAUAACUAUUAUUCUUUAGUGGUAGACGGACCUCUGGACAGAGAGAGUGUUUCUCAGUAUAAUGUCACCAUUACAGCUACAGAUGAAGGGAACCCGCCUCUCUCCAGCACCAGCAUUAUUACUGUACACGUUUCUGAUGUCAACGACAACGCGCCACGCUUCUUAGAACCCGUAAUCAAUAUAUAUGUAAAAGAGAACAGCCCUUUCGGCACGAUCAUUAAAACAGUGUCAAGUAUAGAUGAUGACAUUAAUGAAAAUGGACACGUGAGCUAUUCAUUUAUAGACAGUAAUAGUAACUUGCUACCAUUGUCUACGAUGGUAAAUAUCAACUCAGAAACUGGAGAAAUAGUCAGCCUGCAAUCGUUUAAUUAUGAAGAGUUAAAAACUUUCCAGUUUAAAGUUCAGGUCACAGACUCUGGUGUUCCUCCGCUCAGCAGCAACGUCACCGUGAACGUUUUCAUCCUGGAUGAAAAUGACAACAGUCCCGGGAUUCUCUCGCCCUACUCUGAGCACGGCUCUGUUAACUCUGAGAACAUUCCCUACUCUGCUGAAGCGGGCUACUUUGUGGCCAAGAUCAGGGCUGUAGACGCAGACUCUGGCUACAAUGCGCUGCUUUCUUAUCACAUCUCUGAGCCCAAGGGAACCAACCUCUUCCGAAUCGGAACCAGCACAGGAGAGAUCCGGACUAAGAGGAGAAUGAGUGACAAUGACCUGAAAACUCACCCGAUGGUGGUGUUGGUUUCUGAUAAAGGAGAACCUUCACUGUCAGCGACGGUGUCUAUCGAUGUAGUGGUGGUUGAAAACACAGGUGAAAUCCAGACUCAAUUCAGACAUGUACCUCUACCGGAGGAGAGCUUCCCUGAUUUAAACCUUUAUUUGCUGAUUGCCAUUGCCUCGGUGACAGUGAUCUUUCUUCUGAGUCUCAUCAGUCUAAUAGCUGUAAAAUGCCACAGGACAGAGGGCACGUUCAACAGGUACAGCCCUCCAAUGAUCACCACACACCCUGACGGGACCUGGUCGUACUCUAAAUCUACUCAGCAGUAUGACGCGUGUUUCAGCACAGACACACUCAAGAGUGACGUAGUCGUGUUCCCUGCACCGUUUCCAACUGUAGAUGGGGAGUUGGUUAGUAUUAACGAAGGAGACACUUUUAACAGGACCCAAACAUUACCCAACAAAGAGAAGAAACUCUGA